CUCAUUGCAAAGUGUAGCGAGCAGACGACCGACAGUUCGCGCUCUUUUUGCAAUAGCCCCUGGUUUUUGCAGUCAAGAUGGAGUCCAAAGCAGUAUUGAUAUGCUUGGUGCUGUGUGCUGUAUUCUGUGGCUCGAAUGCAGGAUGCCCAGCUUACUGGACACAGAAUGGAAACUCUUGCUACAGGUUUAUAGGCCUGCCACAAACCUACGCGAGAGCCGAUAGUGUUUGUAAGAUGUUCGCAGGGUGCGGAGAAUCAGGGCGUGGGAUCGGCCAUCUUAUCUCCUUGAACACACCCAUGGAGAACCAAUUUGCGUUCGGUUUGCUCGCCAACGUCUUCGGUGAGAUCCCUCCAGCGCAAGCUUGGCUCGGACUGAGUGACAUGAAUCCCAACCAGGAAUUCAUGUGGUCUGAUGGAACCCGCCCUACGUACAAAGCAUGGGGACCCAACAGCCCAUCACAGAGUCACAAUUCGAACUGUGCAAUCUUUGGUGAGUUAUUAGCACCAAGAUGGAUGGACGUAAUGUGUGAGGAAGAAUUCCCAUACAUCUGUGAGAUGCCUGCUCGUAGUGAGUUCACCUGCCCAGAAGGGGCUGGCCCCGCCGCUGCCCCUGUUCCCGUGAUACUUAAAAACCCCAACGAGCCUAGGGUCGUCCGAUACCCCGAUGGUCUGCCCAAGCCACAACACUAGACUAAGAAAACCAACGAAGGACGUUGACGAAAUCUACACAUUGCAUUUUGCUCCUUGGGGGAAGCAUUUCAUCGGUGUGAAGACCGCGGACACUUUGCCCUCAUCACUAUUCAUUGAACUUUGAACUUUGACCUCAUGAACUUUUGACUCUUUAAAGUUUAAAGCACUUUUAUUAUAACUGUUCAUUUACGUCAAGUUUAAAGCCAAACUCAAAGUAUUAUGAUGGAUUGAUUUCAAUUAUGUGUUCCUUUUUAACCCUUUUUUCCCCCGGUUGGCUAAUUAUUCACUUGUUACCCCUCCCCUAUUUUUAACCGAUUUUUAAACAAGAUAACCGUCUUCAAACUAAUCUAAAAGAUUGUCAUUGUCACCUGUCGUGUUUUCAACGACACAUCAGGGCCCAGUUUCAUAAAGAUGUUCAGUAGAAAAUACUGCUGAGCAAAUUUCUGUACAAAGCAAAGUGCUAAGCAAAAUAUAUGAGCGGGGCACCAGUCACAACGAAGUAAACUUUAUGGACUUUUGGCUGGUAACCCGUUUCUGCUGAGCAAUAUAUUUUUCUGUGCAAAAGCAAAAUAUGGGCGGGGCACCACUCACAACAAUGUAAACUUUAUGGAAUUUUCCCUGGUAACCCGUUUCUGCCAAGCAAUAUUUGUAUGUGCUAAGCAAGUUUUGUUCUUAUGAGCUUAAUGAAAUUGGGCCUCUGAGGACACAUCAGUUGAAUUCGUGCCUCCAUUUUGUUUUUCUAGACAUCAAUGUGGUAACCGGAAAUACGAGCGAUUUUGAAAGAGAGCGGGACCAAUUAAAACACUCUGAUUUAUCUUUUAGCUGUGUCGUGUCAACAUAAAUUUUGUUUGUUGUGUUUAACUGUUCAAUGACUUGGUGAUGAACAUAAUUAUAUUUUGAAGUACCGAAAGCCAACUGACAUUUUAUGUUUUGGGGUGUGGUUUUCUUUUCUUUCUAGUAGGUGAAUAAAACAAGUACACUGCAAACGAAUAAACGAA